CAUGGGCAAAGGAAGGAAAGAAGAUGAGGAUUCAGAUGACGAGGAAGGAGAGGGUGGGGCUGCCAAAGAUGAAAUUCUGGUUGAUAAAAAAGGAUUCUCUCUGUUAAGAAUCUGGUCUACAAGGGACAUACAACUUGUGACAAAUUUCAACAGGGAAGCCUUACUAAAGACAUCUCUACUGGAGUUUUUGAUAUUCAUCGUCUUUGCCGUCUCCACAGUUUUGUUUAUGAUGAGCUUGAGGACAAUAAAUGGUUUCUUCCUAUGUCAUGCCAUCAAAAACACAUUCUUUCGGUCUCCAAUAGCCGACAAAGAGUCGAUCACCUUCGUCGAUAUUGCCACGCGGGACCAGUUUUGGGGGUAUCUAGAAGGCAACCUCUUGAAGAAUUUAUACAUCGACCAAACGAACCAAACAAACUGGGUGCUGGAUCAAAAUCUGCUGAUCGGAGAGCCCCAAAUUAGGCAGAAGAAAGUUAGGAAUGGCACUUGCUCCAUCCCCAGCAACAUCAAGACGAAGAUAAACGAGUGCUACGGCGCUUUCACCGAAGCCAAUGAGGAAGUUUCUGAUCUCAGUAUACGAACCGGAAACUCGAGUAAAUUUUUGAAGAAAAAUAAAGUCUCCACAGUAACUUACUAUGGGACACUCACGUCAUAUAAAGCUUCCGGCUACUACGCAAAACUUUCGAACAUGAAGGUGAGGACGGCGUCGAAUUUGCAGGAGUUGCGCUCCGAAAACUGGAUCGACAGAUCCACAAGGGCCGUCUUCUUUGAUUUCUUCCUACUCAAUCCAAGUACCGCCACCAUCGCCGCUGUUACUUUAGCGGGCGAGUUUUCCAUGACUGGAGGAGUCUUCACGUCAUACAACAUUCGAACCGUCAGGCUGAUACAUUAUCAGGAUGGAAUCAUCAUCACUCUGUCUCUUGUCUUUUUUGGAUUCAUCGUUUUUUACUUACUGGAAGAAAUACUUGAGGCAAUUUUGAUGUGUAUUAUUUUGAUUAAUAAUUUGAUCGAUACUGCUCUCAAAAGUGCAAAACUCUUCUCCACUCAGAUGCUGAUUCUGAGAAACGAGUACUACACCUUAUUCUCGACGUACCUGGACGUCUCCAUCAUAACCUGUGGCCUCCUCCUCUCCAUGACAGUCACCUACUCCUACAUGUCCAACAAAAACUUGGAUGACGAGAGUCUCGAGCUGCAGGAUUACGCUUCCAACAUCCUCUACAUGGGUUAUGUGCAGCAGUUCAUGGAUGGGAUUCUCGCCUUCCUCGUUUUCUGUAUCUUCUUGAAAAUGUUUAAGUACCUGAGUUUGAAUGAAACGAUGACGAAACUUAGUGAGACUCUCUACUCCAGUAGCAAGGAUCUCCUCGGUUACUCCAUCCUCUUCUUCUUCGUCAUCCUGUCAUUCGGGCUGCUGGGAAUGUUGUUGUUCGGCUAUCAGGUGGCCAUCUUCUCCUCUCUCGGAUACUCCAUAGUGGCCCUCUUCCGUAUCCUACUUGGGGACAUAGACUUCGAGUACAUAGACGACAAGCACAGCAUAAUUGGAGCAGCUUACCUCAUCAUCUACAUCGUCACAGUCUACUUCAUACUCAUCAACGUUUUCCUGGCUAUUAUUUUUGAGUCUUUCUCCAGAGUUAAGGCUUAUGUUGAAAAGAAGAAAUUUGAAAUAUACCCCGUGGACUAUAUCAAAAGGAAAUGUGGCAAAAAGCAAAAAUCCACAGGCAAAAAGCCCUUGUCCCAAUGGGUUAACGAUAUGAUCAACCAAGGCUACCCAGAUGAGGCCAUUGAUUUCGUCAUCAGCUCCCACACCCGUCAGAACGUCAAAUUAGAUUCUGUCCUCGACAACCACCAGCUAAUGACCUUGACAUUUGAACUUGAAAAUUAUGUCCAGACAAACUACAGCCACGAAAAGAUUGGCGUCCUUGAGAAACAAUUCGAAGAAUUGCAAGACCAACUGGAGGGUGCGCUGAACAGUCUCAUAAUGAAACAGAAUGAACACAAAGUGGCCAUGCUAAGUCUACUGGAUGCUAUUAAAGAUCUUCCUGGAUCUGGGGAGACCAAAGCCAACCACAUGUAUCAACUCAUCAAGAAUGAAUUGAAUACUUAAGUUUUGUUUGCUUCACGUUUCUCUUUCGCUGUUCUUGUUUUUGUCAAUUUUUUUGUUUUCAGAUUUAUUUUUAUUGAAUUUUGGACUUAUUAGGCGGAAUAUUUUUGACAGUUUUAAGAUUUUAUAAUUAAGAAAUUAUAUUUAAUUUG